AUGGUGGAGUCGCUUCUCGGUCGUGGCGCUGGUCCAAAUGCAGAGGGGCAGAGGCGAACAGCACUCUCGUGGGCUGUGGAAAAGGGCAAUUCGCAAAUUGCAAUCACGCUUCAUGAUGUUGGUACGGACCUUGAUUCAAGCGUCAGGAUAGGUAAUCGAACUCGGCUGUCUUUCGCAGCGGAGAAUGGACAUGAGAAGGUGGUGAAAAUGCUCCGUGGUCAUGGUGCAGAUCCAGAUUCCAAGAGUCCGUUCGGGUGUUCGCUGCUAUUUGUGCCCAAGCAUGGACAUCUGAAUCUGGUCCAGCUACUGGUCGAGAAAGGAGGUGAUAUUAAUAUCCGAUGA